UCCAUCUGGUAACUAACCUCAAAAGCAGCGCGCCUUUAUUAGGCUUUAUAAGCUACUGUAUAGUAUGUUUUAACCACAGCAUGCCCUUAAUUGGCAAAAAAAGGAGAUGCCACAGUUGGGACGGGAGACUAAUUUGUCCGGAAUACCAAAAAAAGUGUAGUAAGCAGUCAGCUAGAGCAUGCUUUUGCUCAAGAUUUGCGCGUAAAGCUUGCGGGCUCAGUCCCUUAAAGCUUGCUGUCCUUUCGACGGGCAUAAGGUGCCGCUCAUCUCAACAGUUGAUGUUUUGUUCUCUCCUUUCGCAUAUGGACGUACAGGACAAAAUUCCAAUCUUAGGUUUCUUCCUAUUGCGCCCCUAGCUAGACUAGAAUAGAUCCGCUUCUAUAUGUCAUUUCCAAAUUAAUGUCCUUCACUGGAAAGACCCUCUUCUGUCGGCAUCUCUUCCAUUACAGGGAACAUUCAGACUUGUUACACUGUGAGCCAAGCAUUUCUAUUUCCUUUGUGGAUUUCAUUUUCAGCCAUUAAAUCCAUCCAUGCCUAUAUCAAUCCAUGGUACUGCUGCUAACACCUCCAAAUUCCAAUCCACCCCCACCAUUCCCAAGCAUUAUCGCUCUCCUCCCACUAUAUAAGCUGCACCAUUGCCCACACUCUUGUUGCAUAUAAACACAAGCCAAGCCGGUGAUGUAGCAACCGUAGUCGUACUAGUAGUAGUAGUAACACUAGGCGUUGCAAUCCACCUUAGCUUCCUUUCUUGUUGAGAAGCCACAGCCCAGUCAAGCAUGAGUUCGUCGUGGACAUUCAAGCAGAACAAGGUGUUCGAGAAUGCGCUGGCCAAGUACGCGGACACGCCAGACUUCUGGCAGAACGUGGCGUGGGAGGUUGGCGACGGCAAGUCGGUGGAGGAUGUGAUUAGGCACUACGCGAAGCUGGAAAAGGACGUGGACGAACCGGCCCUGAAAGAGAUGCUAAGGCACUACGAGGAGCUGCAAAACCGCGCCGGCGGCAGCAGCAGCUCCAGCCGCGGUGGCAGCACCGAGGCGCAGAGGCCAUGGUACCUCAAGACCCAGUGAUGGCUGGGCUGGUGCAGGAAGGACCUAAACAGACCUCCUCCCUUUCCAGCAUGAAACCACUACUACUAGAUACACAUGACCCCAUGGUGAUCGUGAUCCGGUCAUGUACCUAAAGUAGCUAUAGCUAGCGCUUCCUCUCCGAUGAUGAUGACGACCACGACGAGAAAAAAGGUCCGGGACGUAAUCAAGCCCCGCAUCGGAGCUGUAUCUUUCGUAUAUUUUGUACCCAUUGUCUACGUGUAUAUGACCCACCACAAGCCCCUGUCCCCGGCUAUGGGUCUAACGCUGGUACCGCCGGAGGUAUCGGACGCGACGGGCGCCUGUAUCUUGUAGUGGUCUGUCUCCCUGUCGAAUAAUCUGUUAUCUGAUAUAUAUUGCCUAAUGGAAAUUCCGGUGUACGGAUUAUUUAUCUGUUUUACUAAAAUACAUCUAGAUGUGCCCUAGGUAUUGCACAUCUAAGUCCAAUGUCAUUGAUUCUAUGUGA